AUGCGAGGAGGAACGGAGAGGCGGCUUUGCGCGUUGGUGUUUUGGUGCCUGGCGGUGGUCUGGAUUGGGGGACCCCCGGCUUCUGCGCUGCACUAUCGGUACCUCUGGAGGAACUGCGUCCCCUGCUACGGGGGGCAGGCGGGGUACGGCAGGGCACGCUCGGACAGCAAGCCAGAGGUUGACGAGUGCCAAACUCACAACGGGGGCUGCCAGCACAGAUGUGUCAACACCCCGGGGAGCUAUCACUGCGAGUGCAAGCCGAGCUUUCGUCUGCACGCGGACGGCAGGACGUGUCUCCAUAUAGACGAAUGUGCGACGGGUGUGGCAUUGUGUGCGCACCAAUGCCUGAACACUCACGGCUCCUACCAAUGCCUGUGCAACGCUGGCUACGAACUCGGGGCGGAGGGCAAGCAGUGUUACCGAAUAGAGAUGGAGAUUGUGAACAGCUGCGAAACCCACAACGGGGGCUGCUCCCACUUGUGCCAACACACCAGCGCCGGGCCGGCCUGCGGCUGCAGUUUCGGAUACAGCUUGGAUGAAGACCGAAAGACUUGCAUUGAUACUGACGAAUGCAACACCGGGUCUCACUGCUGCCAACAAGGGUGUUACAACUAUCCUGGGGGUUACGAGUGUGUUUGUUACGCUGGCUAUCAGCUCAACCCCGCAGGCUGCGGAUGCGACGAUCUGGACGAGUGCUCGGCGAAUAACGGGGGCUGCGAACAUUUUUGCCGUAACCUGGUGGGUUCGUUUGUUUGCGGAUGCCGGAUUGGGUUCAAAUUAGACGAAGAUCGCAGGAGCUGCCUUGACCUCGGGGAGGCCACAGAGGCCGUGGAUGGACAGCGACCCGUUAUCCGGCCGCUCCCCCACGUGGCUUUUUUCCGCGAUGGGCUCACCCCGUUUUUUGACGAUGAAUACGAGGAUGAAGAGAUGGAGGGCGCCGAAGCCAGAGGAGAAUACACUGUCUCGGAGAAGUUCAUCUGCCUGAACGACACCUUUGGCACCGACUGCAGCCUCUCCUGCGAGGGAUGCCAGAAUGGGGGCAUCUGCAACCAGAACCGGACUGGCUGCCUCUGUCCAGCCGGCUGGACGGGGAUUUUGUGCAACCAAACCUGCCCCAAAGGGACGUUUGGGAAGAAUUGUAGCUUUCUUUGUCCCUGCCAAAAUGGAGGCAGCUGCAAUCCGGUGACGGGAGACUGCCGCUGUCCCCCCGAAGUCAGUGGGGAUCGGUGCGAAGACGUUUGUCCCAGAGGAUUUUUCGGGAAACACUGCCGGAAAAAAUGCCACUGCGCCAACCGUGGACGAUGUCACCGGCUUCUCGGCACCUGCCUCUGCGAUCCGGGACGCUACGGGCGUUUCUGCCACCUAGCUUGUCCCAAGUGGGCGUACGGCAUCGGCUGUUCGGGAGAGUGCCGGUGCGUGCAAGCCAACGCACAACACUGCGACAAGCGAGACGGCACUUGCCUGUGCAAGCCCGGGCAUCACGGGGAAAGGUGCCAAGAGACGUGCGAGCCGGGCCGUUUCGGGCCAGGCUGCAGGCACAAGUGUGACUGUCCCUCGGGCGUGGCCUGUGACCCCGUGAGCGGAGAAUGCCGCCGCCAGUGUCCCCAGGGCUACUACGGAGAGAGGUGCCAGCAAGAAUGCCCCGAAGGAAAAUUUGGAGAGAAUUGUCUUCAUUCCUGUUCUUGUAAUGGUUCUCCUUGCAGUCGGUUCACUGGGGAAUGCCGCUGCGUAACUGGGAGGACUGGGAAGUCUUGCGACCAAGAAUGCCCUGAAGGCCACUGGGGAGACGGGUGCCGGCGGCUUUGUCCGGAAUGCCAGAAUAACGGCCGUUGUGACCCGGUUACCGGCGUGUGCUUGUGUCCUUCGGGAUACACGGGGGGCCGUUGCCAAGAAGUCUGCCCUCCUGGCUGGUUUGGGCAAGGAUGCCAAGGCCAAUGUAACUGUGGUAACGAAGGGGAUUGCGACCCCCAAACGGGCAAGUGCCGCUGUGCCCCCGGAUGGACCGGCUCCCGCUGCCAAAGAGCCUGCGAGACGGGCGCCUGGGGUCCGGAUUGCGCCCACCCCUGCAACUGCCCCGGGGCUGAAGCGGGAUGCGACGCGGUGACAGGGCAGUGCCUGUGCGAAGCUGGUUACGUCGGCCUGCGCUGCGAUCGGAAAUGUCCCGAAGGCUGGUUUGGUCCCAACUGCCACCAAAGAUGCCAGUGCCGUCACCAAGGCGCCUGCGAUCACGUCAGCGGCGCCUGCACCUGCGCCCCAGGCUGGAGAGGCACAUUUUGCGAGCGGGCUUGUCCUGAUGGCUUUUACGGGGUGGACUGCCAGCAUGCCUGCCGCUGCCUCCACGGAGCCCGCUGCGAUCCCGUGACGGGCCGUUGCCGCUGUGCUGCAGGCUGGAUCGGGCCCCACUGCAACCAGACUUGCCCAGUUCACCGCUAUGGCGAAAACUGCAGCCAGGAGUGUCCCUGCACCAACGGAGCCUCAUGCCACCCAGUCACGGGGCAAUGCCUCUGCGCACCAGGCUGGGUUGGUGCUGCGUGCCAGCAAGGGUGUCCCCCGGGAUUUUACGGAUCCAGCUGCCAGCAGGAAUGUCUCUGCCAACAGGGAGGAACCUGCGAUCCGGUUUCUGGCCACUGCACCUGUCCGGAAGGGUGGUUUGGACUGGCAUGUGAGCUGGAAUGUGUCGAAGGUAAAUAUGGGCCAGGCUGCCAGAAAAGUUGCCGUUGCGUUAAUGGAGGCCGGUGUGACCAGAAGAGUGGAAAAUGCCUUUGCCGUGACGGUUGGACCGGUGAAAAGUGCCAGAAAACCUGCCUGCCCGGUUCGUAUGGAAAGAACUGCACCACCCAGUGUGACUGUCCCACGGGGUCUCCCUGCGACCACAUCACCGGCCAGUGUGGCUGUCUUCCCGGGUUCACGGGCCACGGGUGCGAAAGGCCCUGCCCUCCUGGCACCUUCGGAGUGGGGUGUGCGCACAUUUGUCAGUGCGCUGGCACGAACCACGACUGCCACCCGGUGAGUGGGAGGUGCGUCUGCGCCCCGGGAUACCAUGGCAGCGGCUGCCAGCAGGAGUGCCCGUCGGGACGCUACGGGCCAAAUUGCGAGAGGUCGUGUCAGUGUAAGAACGGCGGCCGUUGCGUGGCCACAACGGGGGCGUGCCAGUGUCCGGCUGGAUAUAUCGGCGCCGAUUGUAACGUAGCUUGUCCGAGGGGUCGUUACGGGACCGACUGCGCCCUUCCCUGUCCGUGUGGCGAAAACGUCCCUUGUCACCCAGAGUCCGGAUCCUGCCUCUGUCCGCCGGGCAAGUCCGGUCCCAGAUGCGAAGAGGGCUGCCCCGCCAAUCGAUACGGGUUGAACUGCAGCCAGAUGUGCGCUUGUCAAAACCAGGCCGUCUGCCUGCCCGAAGAUGGAACCUGCCUCUGCGGGCUCGGCUGGACCGGGAUCUGGUGUGAUAAAGGGUGCCCCCCGGGGAAGUACGGGGCCAACUGUCAGCUGAACUGCACUUGCCAAAGCGAUGGGAUUUGUGAUCCGGUCACCGGGAUCUGUCGGUGCAGGAAAGGCCGCUACGGGAACCAGUGUGAACACGCCUGCCCGGCUGGAUUCCACGGGGCGGCCUGUCAAGAGCGAUGCGGCUGCCGAAACGGAGCCUCGUGCGAUCCGGGAUCCGGGGAAUGUCUUUGUCCUCUGGGGUUUCACGGCCGCUACUGCGAAAAAGGCUGCGACGCAGGGAGAUACGGAGAAAAAUGCCAACGGGUAUGUGAUUGCGACAGCCAAGCCCCGUGCGAGCCCUCCACCGGCCGUUGUCUCUGCCCUCCGGGGAAAACGGGAGCAAAGUGUGACCUUGGUUGCCAGCUUGGAAAAUUUGGUCCAGAUUGUUCUCAGACUUGUAAUUGUUCCUUGGAUAACGCUGUUUGUGACGCCCAGAAUGGACAUUGCGUGUGUCUUCAUGGAUACGUAGGAAUGACGUGUCGAGAAGCCUGCAAUGCCCAAAAAGAGCCACCGGAGGGCGCCCUAUCAGAGAUUUCUACAGACCGAGAGUGA